AUGGCGCACCCCGAUGAUGUACGGGUCGGUGACGUGGUGAAUGUCCCCGGUGGCAUGCAUGGGACGAUCAAAUACUUGGGACCGGUAGCGGGGAAGGCUGGACGAUUCGCAGGAGUCGAACUGAGCGCCGAACACGCGCAAAGAGGAAAAAACAGCGGCGAUGUCGACGGCCGGAAGUACUUCGUAACCUCGAUCCCGGGUUCUGGUAUAUUCGUUCCCAUGAACAACAGCAACAAAUCUGUCGGUGCAGCUCUUACUACCCCCCGCCCUCGAGUCCGACGACCCUCUCUCCCUCGACCCGAAUCCCCGCGCGUCCCCGUCCCCCCUCCGAAACUUAGCCUGGCCGGCUUGCGUACACCGUCGGCAGCAUCGAAAACCGGCGGGGUGAACAGUGCCAUGCGUAGCCCCGUCAAGGCACCAUCUCGGCUGUCUGAUAGACCCUCGUCGCGACUUAGUGUGGAUGAUGAUGCUUCCUCGCAGCUCGAAGAGCAGUCUGGGACAUUGAGCGAGUUCCAGAAGACCUUGGAGGAGAUGGAGGGGUCGGAGGGUCAUUCCAUCCGUACGCAGCUACGUGAACGCAACGAGAGGAUUAACCAAUUAACGGCCGAAUUCGACGGUCACCGUGCAGACUUCAGAAGCACACUCGACACAUUGGAGAUCGCAGCCUCCGAAACAGAACGCGUCUACGAGCAGCGUCUUGACGAGCUUAUACAGCAGAACAAGGAGUUGCAGGACCGCGGCGAAGAUGUUGAGGUUGUUGCGCAGCAGCUCAAGCAGUUAGAAGAGCUAGUCUCGGAGUUAGAGGAAGGCCUCGAGGACGCCCGGCGUGGAGAGGCCGAGGCUAGGGCUGAAGUCGAGUUCCUCCGCGGUGAAGUUGAGCGCACCAAGUUGGAGCUGAAGAAAGAGCGUGAUCACUCGGCCGCUGCCCUGAAGGAUGCACACGCCGCUGCAGAUGGACCCCGAAGCAGUAGUGAAUUGGACCAGAAGGAUGAUGAGAUCCGGGGGCUCAAGGCCAUUAUACAUUCAUUGAGCCGCGGAAACCCCAGUGCCGCAGCCUUGGGACAGAACGGCUCGGCCGAUGACCAUAAUCCGGAGCACAUUACUCAGCUGGAGACUCGACUGCAAGAGGUGGAAGAAACCGCAAACCGCAAAAAUAGUCGGAUCGAAGAGCUCGAGCGUGAACUUCAAGAAAUGCACCUGCAGUCUGGCCGUCGCCGCAGCUCUACUGUCACUCUUUCACCAAAGCAACACAGGCCAUCCCAGACUGCGAGCAAUAUCUCUAAUCACUCAAACAACUCCAACCCGAACCGUCUUUCUGACCGUACAGUGGUCCCGACCGACUGGCACGAUGCUCCCUCAGAGCCCCGCCAUCAGCGCGGUAUCUCCAACACUUCUCAGUCGCGACUGGAGACUAUGCAUGAAUCCGAGCGCUCUUCCGACGAGGAUACCAUGUGGUGCGAGAUCUGCGAGACAGGCGGCCACGAUAUCCUAAACUGCACCAGCAUGUUUGGCUCUGGCCAGAAGUCUGCUGGACAGAAGAAACCCACACAUGAUGCUGCCGAUGAACUUCCCGAUGAACACCCAGUUGAGAAGACCGAACCCCUCCAGACCAAAGCCUCAUCUAUCCAUACCGAUACUCCCCCCGCACUCAAGACAGGUCGGGAUGUGGUCAUGGAAGGACUGAAGGGCAUCAGCGGGCUGGGCUCAUCCAUGGCUCCCAUUGCCGGUAAGUCAUCGGGAGUCAUCGAUGAGUCUAAGUGGUGUGCUCUCUGUGAGCGAGAUGGUCAUGAGAGCAUCGACUGCCCAUUUGAUGAAUAA